UGUAUGUAUAAAUACACAAGCUUGUCUACUACAAAUUUCAUCUCUUAUCCUCAUAUAAUAAAUAGUACACAAUGCUCUCUUCUUCCAAUCUUUCCCUCACUCUCUUCCUACUUUUUAACCUAUUCAUCCUCCACCAAUCUCUCGCCGCCACCGAAAAGCAAUGCCACGUGGACGAUGAAAGUGGGUUAUUAGCAUUCAAGUCCGGCAUAAUAUCUGACCAAUCAGGAUCGCUCAACUCAUGGAAGCCCGGUACUGAUUGCUGCAAAUGGGCCGGGAUAAAAUGCAAGCCCGAAUUCAACAACCGUGUCACUGUAAUAGAUCUCUACGGUUGGCCAUCGGACGGCACAAACAUUUUAGCGGGCCCCAUUUCGCCCGCACUCGCGAAACUCCAGUCUUUGGAGUCUCUAAAGUUCGACCAUCUCGGAAACUUAACGGGGCCUUUCCCUGAUUUCCUCCUAUCAAUGCCAAACAUCACCACUAUAAUCCUUUCAGACAACAAAUUAUCCGGUACUAUACCUAGAAACAUAGUUAACCUCCUCAAACUCGAAACUUUGGCUCUUGAUGGGAACCAAUUUUCUGGGACUAUACCGAGCCUGGGCAAAUCGACAAGUUUAUUAUAUCUCAACCUCGGCAAUAAUCGUCUCUCUGGUGGCAUUCCAAUCAGUUUUCGGCGGCUGAGGAAGCUUUCCUGGCUGGAGUUGAGUUCGAACCAGCUCACAGGUAGUAUACCAGAUAUCUUUUCUGGAUUAACCUCUAUUGUAAUUCUUUAUCUCUCGCAUAAUAAAUUCUCCGGGAAUAUUCCGAAAAGCCUAUCGUAUCUUAAACCGAUCAACGUCGACUUGAGCCACAAUGCUUUAAUAGGGCAAAUACCAGACAUCUCGUCAAACAGUUUCAAUGCAAUAAACGGACUUAACCUCUCAUGGAACCAGCUUUCUGGGGUUAUCCCUGAAAAUUUUGCGAAAUUCACCCAAAUAACCCUUCUUGAUUUUUCUCAUAAUAAGCUAAAUGGUUCUUUACCUGAAAUGAGAAUGGCGAGAAGUAUGCACGCUUUGGACUUUUCAUACAACGAUUACCGUUUUGGGAAAAUCCCAAAAUGGAUUGGUAACACAUCGACCAACAUUCUAGGGCUUGCGAAAUGUGGGAUCAAGAUGAAGUUGAAUGAUUGGAAACCGACGGUGAUUUAUGGCAAUGUGUAUCUUUCGGAGAAUGAAUUAACGGGAAACCCACUUCAAUUCUUGAUUAGCCAGAAUACGUAUCUGAUGGGGUUUUGGGCGUUGGGUAAUAAGUUGAAAUUUGAUAUGAAACACUUGAAGCUUGGGAAGAAGAUGGUCAACUUGGAUCUUUCGAACAACUUGGUGUAUGGAAAUGUGCCCAAGACUGUUUCGAGGCUUCAAGAGUUGAACGUCAGCCACAACCAUCUGUGCGGUCAGCUUCCGGCCACAAAGUUUCCGGCAACUGCUUUUCUUGGGAAUGACUGUCUGUGUGGAGCUCCACUACCACCCUGCAAAUCUUAAUCAGCAAAGUUUCUAGGAAAUAAGCUCGUUUGAUUUCCUAGGAUAUUUGUGUUAUUAAGGAUUCCCCUUUACCAUUUGAUUUUUUUCUUGUCUUUUUAUUUAAUCUAGCAAUAAAUCUGUGGAAAACCAAGAAUGUUAUGUACCAUAAUAUAUCGUAUAUGUUUAUUGUCCAUAUUUAUGCAACUGUUUUCAAGGGUCGCCA